AUCUGGAGCAAGUAGCAGCCGACGCUCGACAUCUUAUAAAUAUGCACUGCAGAGAAUGAUUUUCAAGCACAACACAGUGACUCCGACGCACUUUCCAUCAGCGGCUUGUACGUUUGAGAGUAAACUUGGAGCUUCGUGAGACAACCGAAAAAGGCAAGCAUGAUGGUCGUGAAACCUUUGGUAGCCGCCAUUUUGAUGGCAUCAUAUGCUGUAGCGAUUCCAUACGAUACAGCAGGCUGCGACUUCAUUGGAGUCGACCUGGAUGGUGCCCUGGACAAAGUUCUUGGUAAUCUUCCUCCGUACCACACGCCAGAUCCUCGGGGAUAUCGGAAGGCUUUCCCGGGUCUCGAAACUGGCCCACUAAGCGUAGCUGGUCUUGACAAGGUCCGCCGAUUUGGAGCGAUCCACCCCUACUGUGUCAACGGCACUCUGCUAAUGAGUGUGGAUGUCGUCGCCAACAAAGGCGAUGCUUCCCUGUCGCUGCCGUGGAGGGCCUGCUCGGGACAAGAAGGCACGCUGAUGGUGCGGGCCGGAUUAUCGCGAUUUACGCUCGUGUUCCGUGUCGUAACUGGAGGAUCGAACAACAAUGUCAGUCUGGCUUACGAAGGGCCACUUAUCCCCGUGACUACCAUUGACCCACACAUAGAUAUCUUUGGCGUUGGUCGUGAAAUAAGCAUAGCUACCACGACGCUCAGCAAGCUCUUGCCGGCGAUGACUGAAGGAGUGUGGAAUGACUACUUCUUCACUUAUUUCCGCGGGGCCCUUCGUCAAGCCCUGCGCGAAGCCUUUGAGUAACGGGAACUUGCGUUCCGUACGUUCUUUACAAUUAGUGAAUUCUCUGUCCUCAAAAUAUUCUCGAGCUUUGGUUGAGAAAUAAACUUUUGUGCACCACAUCCCAUUUUGUUCUUUUUUC